CUCUAAAAGAAAAGAAAAAUAAAAAAAUAAAAUUUCUACAACAUCCAUACAAAGUACUUUACCUAACCCAAUCUAAAAUAAUAUGCUCAUCUCUAUAAAUAAGUAAUUGUCCAAAAACAAAAAUGGCCUUUACUUGCUAUGAGUUUUUCACUCUCUUCAAAUUUUGUUGCUUUUUUUCUCCUCCUCCCUGUUGCAACAAACCUCCAUCUCUGCCACCACCACCUCCACCUCCACCUCCACCUCCACCACCCCUUUGUGAGUCUAAGAUGCCGAUGGAAAGUGUAGAAUGGGACCCACCUGACAGCGAGUCGGAAGUGUUUAUUGAGGUGGAUCCGACAGGAAGGUAUGGUCGUUACGACGAGCUACUUGGGGUGGGUGCCGUAAAAAAGGUGUAUAGGGCAUUUGAUCAAGAAGAGGGGAUAGAGGUGGCUUGGAACCAAGUGAAGUUGAAGCAAUUUAGUGGUGAUGAGGUUAUGAUAGAGAGAUUAUAUGGUGAAGUGAGGUUAUUAAGGAGUUUAAAGAAUAAGAAUAUAAUUGCAUUGUAUAGUGUUUGGGAGGAUGAACUCCAGAACACCUUAAAUUUCAUAACUGAAUGUUGUACAUCUGGGAAUUUAAGGGAAUACAGGAAGAAACAUAAACAUGUUUCUUUAAGAGCUUUGAAGAAAUGGGCUAAGCAAAUUUUGAAGGGUUUGGAAUAUUUACAUAAUCAUCAACCUUGUAUUAUACAUAGAGAUCUCAAUGCUAGCAAUAUUUUUGUUAAUGGUAACAUUGGACAGGUGAAGAUUGGGGAUUUUGGUCUUGCAGCAAUAGUAGGAAAGAGCCAUGUUGCACAUUCCAUCCUUGGGACACCAGAAUUCAUGGCACCAGAGCUCUAUGAAGAAGAUUACACUGAGUUAGUUGAUAUCUACUCAUUUGGAAUGUGUAUGAUUGAAAUGGUAACCAUGGAAAUUCCAUAUAGUGAAUGUGAUAACAUUGCUAGAAUUUAUAAAAAGGUCACUUCUGGGUUGAGACCACAUGCCCUUAACAAAAUUAAGGACUUGGAGGUCAAGACAUUCAUUGAAAAGUGUCUUGCUCAACCUAGGGCUAGACCCUCCGCCUCUGAUCUUCUUGCCGAUACUUUCUUUCGUGAAAUCGAUGAUGACGAUAACGAUAACAAUAAUGAUCAAGCAUAGAUACUUUCUAGACGUCACACCUCCAAAAUUCCUGUACGGUUUGAUCGUUUAAUGGUUGAAAGCUUUUACUUUUAUUUUUUUGACAAUAGUUUAAUUUUUACUAUCUAUCUACAUGUUUGUGUACCAGGGAAUUCUUAGUUGUACCUCUGAUAAAAAGUCUAGCCUCCAAUUAUAUUUUAUGUGUUAAGUAAUGUAUUAUUUGUUUGAUUCAAGGUUUUUUGAAAAUGAAAAAAAUUAAAGAAUUUUGAGGGAUAGAAAUUAAUUGUUUAUUUUAGAUUAUAUCAAAUUUUUCUUUGGGAUUGCCAAUUGUAAAUAGAAUUUCUACGAAGAUUAUUGAGUGACAUUUUUAUAUGUGAAAGUUUAUGUAACCAAUUUUACAUAUUUAUUUGAAUCAAGAAUUUAGUGA